AAGAGUAAGAGUUCGUGAAUAAACGAGACUUGCAGGCGAAAUCACAACAACUUAGCAUUGUCAUUUCUGGACCAUUUCUGUAUCAUUCUGAAAGCACAUUUUUAGAAACACCAUGGAAGUUGAGCAGCUAAGAGGGAUUGAAUACUCAAUGUCAUCCGGCCCCAGGCAAAGAGAUUUUAGUCCUUAUUCUUUUAAUGGAGGGUCUGUGCUGGCUGUGGCAGGGGAGGACUUCUCGGUGAUCGCGUCUGACUCCCGGCUCAGUGAGGGCUUCUCCAUUCACACUCGGGACCAGCCAAAGACAUACCAGCUCACUAAGAACACUGUGGUCGGUGCAUGUGGAUUUCACGGUGAUGUUCUCACACUCAUUAAAGUGCUGCAGGCUCGUAUAAAGAUGUAUUACCAUGAGCACACAAAAGACAUGAGCACAACUGCUGUGGCCGCAAUGCUGUCAACUAUCCUCUACUACAGGAGGUUCUUUCCCUACUAUGUCUACAAUAUUGUUGCCGGUAUUGAUGACGAAGGGAAGGGCUGUGUGUUCAGUUUUGACCCCGUGGGUUCCUACGAGAGGGAGACGUUCCGUGCAGGAGGGUCAGCAAGCUCCAUGCUCCAACCUCUCAUGGACAACCAGGUGGGAUUCAAGAACCAGCCAGCCAUGGAGCGCACCCCACUGACCAAGGACCAGGUGAUCAAGAUAGUCCGUGACGGCUUCAUCUCCGCGGCAGAGCGUGACAUCUACACGGGCGACGAGGUCGUCAUCAACAUUGUCACCAAGGACGGCAUCGAGGUCAGGAGGUUCCCCCUACGUCGGGAUUGAUUUGCAGGACUACAUCUAUUUACAUCUUUUUAGGUCAUCUUGCGAGACAUUCUAGGGAUGUUGUUUGGGUCAUCUUAUAGAUUGUUCAUCAUUUCUUUGUGUUUGACAGUGUUUGUGCAUAAAAUUGUCCGUUUCAUUGAACGCAAAGAUGAAUAUGUGCUGUUAAUUUUCAAUUAAAUUUGUCAAAAUGGUGCAAGCUCUGUUCCUUAGGUAAUUUUGUUGUGUUAUCUUAGUAAACGUCUUAAAGAUAUUUGUAGUUCAUUUAAAUAGUUAUUCCUUGUACAAUAAAACAAAAUUUGUCAUUGUUGGAGUUAACCCAAGUUGUAAACUAAAAGUAACAAAUUUUGAAGGAAAGAAGGAAAGUUAUAAAGUUUGGUUAUCUGACAUACAUUAUUAAUGAUUGCAAAACAUUGUGAUUCAAAUAAAUAAAUAUAAUUCA